CUGCAUGCAUGCCAUCUCGCCUACCAAGGCUUGUCUUCGUUAGACAAGCCCCGACACCCCGAAUCAGGCAGCAGACGCACACGACACUCACUCGACCAUACGCAUCCCCCAGUUCCACUCCUCAGCUUCCCAACGCCCCCCAGCCAGUCCGGGCCUCCCAAUAGCCCGCCCUCCACGAUCCAGGUAAAAGGAAGCGAAAGCCGGCACUCCAGACCCGCGCUACGAAUCGCGCGCGUGCACAAAAGCAAUGGGCCCGUCUGAAGGUGCCGCAUCAAUAAGUUUAGCUUAGCUGGGUAUGUACAGCAGUGCUAGCGCGACCGGCCGGGUUGAGAAAAAUAGAAUUGAUAUUUGCGGUACUGUGGCGCAGGCCGCGCUGCAGGGGUAUGUAGCAGGGGACGUGCCGCUCGCGCCCGGGUACCUUGCAGCCAGCGCUAGUGCUAGCGCGGCGCCACAUCCUGGCCGAGAGAUAGAGAGAUAGAGAUACGCGCCAGGGGGAGAGAUUACGCUAAUUGUCUCGAGGUGCAGCCACGUUUUUUGUGUGGCGCGGCGGGCGGACGGGGCGAGAAACACGUGGGUGGGUUGGUUGGAGAUAGCGCUAUGCGGCAGGACGCAAACAGGGUGGAGAUUGC